CCGCCGCCCGCCGCCCGCCGCCGCCGGCAUGGGCGUGCUGCGCCCGCUGCUGCUCGCCGCGCUCUGCCUGGCCGGCCGGCUCCGACCCGCCCGCGGCUGUCAGCUGCCGUCGGAGUGGAGACCCCUGAGCGAGGGCUGCCGCGCCGAGCUGGCCGAGAUCAUCGUGUACGCCAAGGUGCUGGCGCUGCACCGGGAGGUGCCCGGCCUCUACAACUACCUGCCCUGGCAGUACGAGGCCGGCGCGGCGGGGCUCUUCUACUCCGCCGAGAUCGAGAUGCUGUGCGACCAGGCGUGGGGCAGCAUGCUCGAGGUCCCCGCCGGCUCCAGGCUCAACCUCACCGGCCUGGGCUACUUCUCCUGUCACUCCCACACGGUGGUCCAGGACUCCUCCUAUUUCUUCUUCCUCAGGAUGGAUGAAAAUUAUAACCUUUUGCCUCAUGGAGUCAAUUUCCAAGAUGCCAUCUUUCCAGACACUCAAGAGAACAGAAGGAUGUUUUCCAGCCUUUUCCAGUUUUCAAACUGCUCCCAAGGGCAGCAACUGGCAACUUUCUCCAGCGACUGGGAGAUCCAGGAAGACAACAGGCUCAUGUGCUCCUCGGUGCAGAAGGCCCUGUUUGAGGAGGAGGACCACGUCAAGAAACUGCAGCAGAAGGUGGCCACACUGGAGAAGCGGAACCGGCAGCUCCGGGACCGGGUGAAGAAGGUCAAGCGGUCUCUGCGGCAGGCGCGGAAGAACGGCCGCCACCUGGAACUGGCGAACCAGAAGCUCAGCGAGAAGCUGGCGGCCACGGCAGGAGCCCUCCCGCACAUCAAUGCCUUCAGGCGGGAGCCUGCAGGCAGCACCUACCUGCGGGGAUAGCGGGGACCCCACGGUACCUCCGCCACACUGCUGGGUGCAUUGCCUCUCUCCAGGGAAUGGAGGGUGAUGCUGGUGUUGGACAUGCACAUAUUCCAGAUCCUGUAGAAGAUAUUUUUACUACGCACUCGGUAGUGUCUAGCUGGUUUAAAGGGGGAGUCUCGUUGCCCCUGCCUGGCCUGGUCCCAGACACAGUGCCUCGAAGUCCAUAGGCGGCAGCAUCCUGGAGGCUGGGUGCUUGCCUAGGGCCUGUCCUCAGCUUCUGGGAGAACAUUUUAGACUCUAAAUGUAUGAGACAUCAGGGAGCUUGGGCUUAUUUCAAAAGAGAAGGUAGUAUGGCUGUAGCUCUGAGCUACAGCACAACUACUAGUUCUGAGGAGUGAUCUGAAUCACGUCAUGGAACCAUCUGGUGUCUCAUUUCCUGAUCUUUGGAGGAGGAUGCUGGCCUUGCUAAGCACCUAAGGAUGCCUGUAAGCAACAUGUGCAGGGUGUCCCUCCUCCGGCCAGCAUCUUCUCACAGCUGAGGCACAUUAGACUUAGUGAGCUCAGCACAGGUAGGGGAGCUGAGUUGGGCAGUAGGUCAUCAAAAAGAGAAAUUAUACCCAAUUUCCAAGACCAGCUUUAAUCAAGAGAGACGUGGCCUUUGGGGGCCUGUCACGUUUCAUCACACCACGUUCUGAAGUUGGAAAACCCGAAGUUAUAUCUUAGCCCCUCCUAAAUUUUAACUUCUCUUUGCUCAGUCAUUUCUUUCAACUUUUCCAAAUUCAAGGUGAGCUGUCUUCUGUAAAGACGCCUCCUAUGUAUUGGGGUCAGAUGACCUUACCUUAUUCCCUU